ACCCCUUGAAGCUCGGCACUUAUCUUAUCAGCCUUUCACGUGAUAAGUUAGUCAUCUCAGCGAUUCCGCCACCCGCUCCGCGUCUUGAUUCCAAAGCGCUCCGCUCGACAUCUCAGCGUUCUCUUCUGUCCUUGUACUUUGCUUUCUCUAGGAGGUUAUCUAGACAUUAUUGUCUUUGCCCACCAUGCCGCGCGCAGAAGCUGGAUCCACAAAGGCGAUCAGCAACAAGAUCAAGGCUAAAGGCUUAGGCAGACUUAGAUGGUAUUGUCAGGCUUGUUCGCGCCAGUGUCGCGAUGAGAACGGAUUUCGCUGCCAUGUCCAGAGUGAAAGCCAUGUGCGCCAGGUGCUGCUGAUCGGCGAAGACCCCAAGAAAUACAUCGAAGAUUACAGCAAGCAAUUCCUCGACAACUUCCUCAAUCUUCUAAAGACCGGUCAUGGCGAGAAGAAAGUUCACAUCAACCAGUUCUACCAGCAAGUCAUUGCCGAUAAGGAGCACAUCCAUAUGAACGCCACGAAGUGGAAGAGUCUUUCGCAGUUUGCUGCAUACCUGGGUCGCGAGGGUAUUUGCCGUGUCGAGGAGACAGAGAAGGGCCUGUUCGUCUCUUAUAUCGAUCGGAGUCCGGAGGCCAUGAGACGACAGGAAGCUUUGCUCAAGAAGGAACGCCAGGACCGGGGAGAUGAGGAGCAGGAGCAACGACAGAUUCGAGAGCAGAUCAAGCGUGCUCAGCAGAGUGCGAAGGAGGAGGAAGAGGUGGACCCUGAAGCUCGCAAGCUGCAGCGCAAGGAGGGUGAGAAAGUCAAGUUGAAUAUCGGAUUCGGUUCGAAGGCAAACGGCGAUUCGAAGAGCGAGUCGCCGAAGCCCGCAUUGCCCGAGGAAAAGGAUAGCGGUGCAUCGGCCACGCCAGAGACUACCGAUGCUGCACCUACUCCCGCUGCCGUUCCCGCCCCCGCCCCGCCUGCGCCACAGGCUGCGCCGAAGGUGUCUCUGUCAUUCGGUGGUGGUGGAAACAAGCCGAAGAAUGUCUUUGCUGCCGCUGUAAAGAAGAACCCUCUUGCGGGAAAGAAGGGGCCGGUCAUGGAACAGCCCAAGAAGAUGACGGAGCAGGAGCGCAUCAUGAAGCAGGAGAUGGAGGCUAUGGAGCGGAAACGUAUGCGUGGCUCUGCUGGGUUCCCUGACGCGAAGCGCCCGAAGAUCUCUUGAGUUGGUCGUUCGACGAUAAUAUUCCUACGUGGGUUGUACCCAUACUCCACACCCCCAUCGGCUUCGAUGCCGCUCCGCCCAGGCGACGUUAAUGCAUUUGUUCCCGUCGGCCAGUGGGCAAUGGAGAAACGCCAUGGGGGAUGUUACUAUGACAAGUCAGACCUCGAUGACUUUUAUACCGUGCGCUCUCGAUGUCGGCGGCAGCAUUCAGGGCAACGCGUUCUUGCGAUGCCCGUUCGGUCGGAUAUUUGUUGACUGGGACGUACUCUUUCUGCUGGGUUUAAUGACUAGGCUAUUGGCGUAGUCACAUUGAAUUCCUCGGUCGCCUAUGAUAGAUACAUGACUAGAUAUCGUUGGCCAGUAACAUUGCCAACGAAUGAAUAUAUAACUUGCUUAUUAUAUGUCGAUGUAUCUUUAAAUAUUGUCUUGAU